AUGGUAAAAAAACUUUCGUUCAUGAAAGAACUGCAAUUGAUGAUGAUUACAAUCUCUGGUUGUGAUGCCUUUCAUAAAAUGAAGAGUUAUUGGAAAAUUUAUUCAGAUCAUGACACGGCACGGGACGGAAGAGAACGGGAUGAAUCGAACGAUGGAUAUGAAAGAAGAAAAAAGUUUAAUCGAAGAACGAAGUACAUAAGUCAACAAUAUGGUGUGGAUGGAUUUUCGGAAAUGUAUGAUGUUCGUGAAGCAUGUAAAACCUGCUGUUAUUCAAUUGAAAUUUAA